AAAAAAAUAAAAAGUUAGAAUAUACAUAGGUCAUAUCAACAGUAUUAAAUUUUGUAAACUUUAUUUUGAAAACAACACAUGCUUCCGGUCGAGAAAUAGAUCUAGAAUCUAUAUAGAUCUAGAUCUAGUAAACACGUUUGUAUCAGACCGUGGGACAAUCACAGUGACAGUUCUGACCUAUCUAAGGCUAAGCCUAAGGACAAAAUGAACAAAGUGGAGUUAAAUGACACUAAGGUUUCAAAAGCCAUUGCAGCAUUAUGCCACGUUGCUGAAAAAACAGAGAAAAAGGAUACUCUGUUAGAAAAAGUUGAUGUAGUUCAAAUGCAGAUUUGCUUGAAGAAAAUACCAUCUAACAACAAAACAAUAAAACUAAAACUACCACACUCCAUAUAUCACCCAGAUUUGGAUGUUUGUUUGUUUGUUAAAGAUCUUGAUGUUAAAGAUAGAGAAUAUGAAAAGACUGUUAAUCACUUUCGGGAUUUAUUUCGACAGAAAGGCAUUAAUUGUGUAACAGCUAUAAUCCCUUUAAAGUCUUUGAAAACAGAGUAUAAGCCCUUUGAAGCCAAGAAAAACUUAUCCAAUGCUUAUGACUUGUACUUGGCUGAUGUUAGAGUAAUAAGGCUUCUGCCCAAGCUGUUAGGAAAGCAUUUCUAUGGCAGAAAGAAAAAUCCAGUUCAAGUAAACUUAUUAGCCAAAGACUUGGUGAAAGAAAUAGAAACAGCCAUAGGCAGCAGUUCAUGUGUUAUUACUUCUAAAGGGGCCUCAAGCAUUGCUACUGUUGGCCAUGUAAAAAUGUCCCCGGGUCAGGUGACUGAAAAUGUUGUGGCAGCUUCAGAGCAGAUAUCACAGGAAGUGGCUGGGGGUGCAAAUAAUAUCAAACAGUUGAAUCUCAAGACCAAAACAUCAUUGAGUAUUCCAAUCUACAUUGCAGAAGGUGGUCCCCAGGACAUAAAAUUACCUAAAAAUGUGAGAGUGCGUGAAAAAGUUGAAGCUGAGGAACUCUCCACUAUGCUUGAUGCCAAAGUGAAAGUUUUUUCAAAUGGUCGAAUCGAAGUUAUUAGAGAAAAAAUUCCUGGCGCUCCCAAAGAGAAAAAGAAAAAAGUGUUACCAAAGAAAACUGUACCCAAAAGGUCAAGAAAAUUGAAAGGAAGGAAAUAGAAAAUGUUCUCACUGCAUUGUACAAUAUUAUCUUGUGAAAAUUUAUUAAAGGAGUUUCUCAAAGUAGGAAUGAAAGGAACAA